CUUUCCCCGUUCAAAGGUGGACAAAAAGAAAGCAGGAAACCCGUCUGGAACUCCUUUCACUGCGCAUUUCACCGAGGUUUAAAUCACCAUAACUCGGCUCACUGCUGGGCAGCUUCCCCCAAAGGGAAAACUGUUGGGGAAACGAUGUUCGACAUGUCUGAAAGCUCAAAAUGGAAGCAAACCUUGACCAACAUUGUGAAGGAGCUCCGCGAACAGCAGUACAAACAUAUGCUAGAAUGUUUGAAGAAAAUACCUAAAAGUGUGAAAGAAGCAGUACACCUAGAAGAGAUGCCUCAGACCAUCAUUGAGUGUUAUGGAGAGGAGGAUUCCAUUGCUGAAAUCAACAGGAUCAUGGAUGAGAUACCAAGGAGAGAUUUUGCAAUUCAGAACCUGCUGCGUCCGUUUGUGGAGAAACAAGGAAAAAAGAGGAAACCUGGACCGGAGUCAGAGGAGAAGCAGGAGUCUCCAUCUGAGUUAAAGAAGAAGAAGAAGACUGAUAAUGAUGAUGAUGAUAAAGCUGGGUUUGAAUCUGAUUCAGAUUCUUCAGAUGAUGAAACUCAAGCUGACGAUCCAGGAAGUUCUCAGUCUGAUAAGAAGGUUCCUCCUUGGAGACAGAGCAUCAGGCUCCUGAAGGAAAGUAAAGACACAAAUGGAAAACCAAUAGGUGGAAAGGUUGUUCAGAAAUGUGCUCUGCGUACAUAUGAAACCAAAGAGAACCAGAAGAAGAAGUUCUUCCAUAUGGCAGUCGCCGACGAGACCGACUCCAUCAAAGUCAUGGUUUAUGGAGAAGAGCUAUUUAAUAAAGUAGAAGAGGGACGACUUUACCUUUUCACAGAUGUGAACGUGCAUGUAGUGCAUGGUGAGACGUUUAUGAAGGUGACCAAGCACAGCAAAAUCUCAAAGACUAAUGACAUCGAAGCUCCCAAGACUAUGGAGCUGCAGAGUCCAUUUUUUUCCAUUAAGAAGGUCCAAUCCUUUAAGGAGGAAACAGCAGUGAGUGUUAAAGGAACUAUAAUUGCGAUUGGUCCCCAGGAAGAUGGUGCCAACAGAAAAACACAAGAGUUCCAACUUGAAGAUGAAACUGGAUCCAUCUGGAUCAAGCUGUGGCGCAAAGACAUCGAGCAGUUGACAGGAAAGUCAGUGGGAGAUACGGUCAGUGUGACCAACCUACUGACCAACCAAUACUGUGAAACGGCGUCUCUGAACUCCACCGACUUCAUCAAAAUUACUCAGACGAAAGCUGCUGCUGUCCAGAGGGUCACCAUGCAGAUUGUAGGAAUCAUAGAAGCAGGAAAGGAGCAGACCGAGCUGGACGUGCUGAUCAACAACAAGUCCAGAUCCUUCUUUAUUAAAUCUCGUCUCCUGGCUAAGGUUUUUGAUGUCAAACUAGAUGACGACUUCGAGGAUAGACUGGUGAAGAAAAUCCCGUUUCUGGCCAAAGGAAAAAUAAAACGAAACAAAAUCCAGAUUCUUAAAGCUGCAAAAGCCAUGAAUACUUAAUAGAACCAGAGAUUUUAAAGCUGAACGAGUCUUUUACGUUAAAAUCCUAAAUGUGCUAAUGGAGAAACAACUUACCGUUCGGGAUUCUCCGAUCGGGUUUUCUGCUGCCGAUACCAAUCACUAAUGAGGCUGAUCAUCAAUCUUUGCCAAUCGCCUGGAUUGACUGUCAGUAAAAUAAUAUUUAACAGUAAGGCUCUCAGUUCCAUAAAUUAUUAGUCAAAUAAAUCUGCCUAUAUUAAAUAAUGUGAAGUAAUAAUGGAGACAUUCAUUCAAAGUGGAAAUAAACAAUCCUUCCUGAGAGCUGAUUCAUUCUGGUUCUGGUUAGUUGCCUAUUCUGCAGAACACAGGAGGAGGCUGAGGAGAUCAAUUAUUAUGUCAGAGAUUAUCUGUCUUGUGUUGGGACAGUGAACGUUUUAAUACAUGUCUAAAAUCUUUUUUUAAGUUAUGUGCUGCAGCUUUAAGCAGAGGUUCGGUGUGAGAGUUCACUGUGGGAGGAGCAGGAACGGCACUGCGUCUGUGAAAUAUUACAACUAGUAACAGCAGUUCAGCAACGAGAGCAGAACCAGCGUCUUUCACCACAGUCCAAAAACAUGACUGUUAGGUUAAUUGGUCUCUAAAUUCUCCCUAAGUGUGUGUGUGGGUUUGUGCACGAUUAUUUGUCCUGUCUGUCUCUGUGUUGCCCUGUGACAGACUGGCGACCUGUCCAGGGUGACCCCGCCUCUUGCCCCAAACGUUAGCUGGAGAGCUAGGCAGCUGCACCUGGAUGGAUGCAGUUGCCAUCCAUCCAAGUUGAUGGAUGGAUGGAUGUCAACAUGGUAGGAGUUCGUCCUGCUAUCAGUAGGUUGCCAGUUCAAUUCCUACUCUGUCCUCUGUCGAUGUGCAGACACGUCACCCGCCUCGCCUGUUGCUGCUGGUCAGAGGCUGCAGCUACUGUCCAGUAGCUCACCAUCACCAACAUGUGAGUGGCUGCACUUUGGAGACAUCUGGACUUGAUACAAGUACAGGGAAUUUUCUCUUUUUGAAAAGUUUAUUGUAUUUACAGUAGAUCUCAACUUUUUAUGUAAAUCAACUGUUAAAGAUCCUUUUAGGGGUAAAUGAUGUGAGUUAGCUAUGCUAAUUUGAUUGUCUUGAUGUGUUUCUUGAA